CAGUGAUCCCUUUUAAGAAGCGCGUCGGCUUUACUGUUCCGUUGGACCAAUGUUGACUGCGGCGGAAUUACGCUAGCGCUCCUGUUCAAUCCUGUCGGUUUUUUGAUAAUUUCCAAAAUGAAUGUAAGUGACGGAAUAAUACGGUACCCGCGAGAGGCUACAGUUUUUGCGGCAACUUGUGCAGUGAUUUUUUGUGUUUUUGGAGUUAUUGGUAAUUUGGUGACCAUAGUUGCGCUAGUCCGUUGUCCUAAACUUAAGAUGCAUGCUACAACAGCUUUUGUGAUAUCACUAUGUAUUUCGGAUUUUCUUUUUUGCGCCGUCAAUUUGCCGUUGACAGCUGCCAGAUAUAUUUACGAAAAAUGGAUGUUUGGAACAUUACUCUGCAAGCUGUUUCCAGUUCUGUUCUAUGGAAAUGUUGCUGGGUCGCUCCUCAAUAUGGUUGCUAUCACAAUAAAUAGAUAUGUCCUGAUCACGCUGUACGAUUAUUACAGUAAACUUUACUCAAACCUCUCUAUUGGGUUGCAGCUGCUCUGUACCUGGGGUAUGGCGUUCCUGAUAAUGGUGCCGCCUUUGUUAGGCAUCUGGGGCCAACUGGGCCUUGACCCUACAACGUUUUCCUGCACGAUAUUGGAAAAAGAUGGCAAAUCUCCCAAGAAAACUAUAUUUAUCUUCGGAAUCGGCUUCCCUUGCUUGGUCAUUAUUAUUGCAUAUUCGUGCAUCUAUUGGAAAGUUCGGAGUACGAAAUUGAGGCUUCGAUCUCACGAGCCAAUUACGAAACAUCGAACCUCAAAACGAGAACGCGACGAUCAUCGAUUAACAAAACUCAUGGCAGUUAUUUUCAUGUGUUUUCUCUUCUGUUUCCUACCGUUAAUGAUAGUCAAUGUCUUCGAUGAAAAAGUUUCCUAUCCAGAAUUGCACGUGCUAGCAUCCAUCUUAGCUUGGGCUUCUUCUGUAAUAAAUCCAUUUAUAUAUGCAGCUACGAACAAACAGUACAGAUCUGCUUAUAAAAAAUUGUUGACAAUCGUUCGUUCCAGUAUGCCUAGUGGAGCCGAUUCGAUGCCUUCCAAUUCACUGAAGACUAAACAAGAAAAAAAUCUAAGUGUUAGUUAUAGACAAAAAGGUAGUAGCAGCGUUCUUUAAAUAAAAUAAAUAAUGGUUUCUAAUGUAUUCUUGUAAAAAAUAUCUUGAGGUGGCACGUUGUUGAAUAAGUCAAUCCAAUUAAUUACCUACACUAUAAGUUUACGCUCUCAAAAAAAAAAAAAAACAAUUAGCCCAAAUAGGCAAAAAUAAUUUGAAAUAAGUAUCUACACAUUUUCAAGAGAUUUCUAGAUCAAGAUAUUUAUUUUCCUUCAAAGCCUUUUUCUUGGUUAAUUUUUUUUACUCUUUUGUAAAUGGCAACAUAGCCCAGGAAACAAAGGUUUUAUUACGCAAACUCCAUGGUAGUUGAGUUUAAAUUUUUUUCUUAUAGAUUUUGGGGUGCUGAUUACGAAUCCGGCAUAUUCACAAGAGAAAUUUACCGGGAUCACCUGUUUUUGGGUUUUUGCAAACGUAGCCUUUCCAGUGCGUUUUACACGAAAAAACCUUUUGGUAUAUUAUACAGGACGACAUUCCCUACAAAUUCUUGAGCAUAUGUCCAUUACCUACCCUUUAGCGAAGGCGGCGCACUUAGAAAAACAUGCUUCUGCAAAACAUUUUUUUUUCAGCCAAAACAAAUGCGAAAACCUACGGCUAUUCAUCAUAGAUGUAUCGUUGACUUUUUGGUAUAUUUUUCAUAAAUGUGCAAUCGCGCAUUUUUGGAAUACCGGGUUUCAUCCAUCCCCCAAAAACACACCUACGUAUUAUCUGAACGGCUAAUGCUAGCGUGUUCAAAUUUUCAGGAAUUAUCCAUGGAGGGUUGCUUUUCAAAAAUUCCUAUACCUACUUUUUGAAAAAAGUUUUUAUUUUUUUUCGGUGGGAUGCAGGGAUAAAGUUGGGGUACAGUAUAGGAAGUUUUAUAUAACAACCCUACAUAAAUAAUCUCUGAAAAUUUAAGCACGCUAGCAUUAGCCGUACAGAUAAUAUAAAGGUGUGUUUUUUAGGAGAUGAGACCCUGUAUUCCACAUUUAUGAAAAAUAUACCAAAAAAUCAGUCAUACAUCUAUGAUGCAUAGACGCAGGUUUUCAGGUCGAUUCACAUUUGUAUUGACCGAAGAAAAAAAUGAUUUGCAGAGCAUGUUUUUUCGAAAGAAGUCACCUUUGGGGCGUCACCCUAGCUGAAGGUCAGGUGAUGGACAUAUGCUGCCGCUGAAGAAAUUGUAGGAUAUCAUCCUCUACAAUUUACCAUGAAGGUUUUUUUUGUGUAAAACGCACCGGAAAGGCUACAUUUCCAAUAAAAAACAAAAACUAUCAUAUUUAGGGGCUUGAAACGGGGUGAUCCGGGGCAAUUUCUUUUGUGAAUAUGCCGGAUUCGUAAUCAGCAUCCCAAAAUCCAUAAUAAAAAAAAUAAAUAAAACUGGACUAUCAUCGAGUUUGCGUGGUAAAACCUUCCUUUCCUGGGCUAACAUUAGUAUAGAAAUUUUUGUUUACAUUUUUAUGAUUUGGACCAUUUUUUUUUGGGUUUUUCUUUAUUUUUUUGUUAAUACUAUAAAUUUGAUUUUUGACAUGUUUAUCCUAUAUUUAAUUGAUAAUUUGGAUGUAGAUAGGUAGGUACCUGAAUUAUAAUAUGUAGAAAAUGUUAGCAUUUUUCAUGCCGCGUCUCAGAGAGGAUCUUUGAGCAUUUGAGAAUGUAUAAUGACUAUUUAAACAUUUUUGGUAGAACUAGUAGUAUUCAUAUGUUAAAGUUGUCAACAACACUACAUGUGAAAUUAAACUCUAAAUGUGCUUUGUUUUGUAGGUUGUAUGUCUAUAAUGCUAUUUAUUUUUAUGUAUUUAUAUAAUGUGAAAAAUGGUUCACUGUAGAAACAUUCCUAGACAUACCAAAAUAAAUCGAGUCAAGACUGAUUACGGAGGGUAGUAAAAAUGCCAAAAUAUAUCCCUGCCAAAAAAAAAAUAUUUUGUGAUAUCCACAAUUUAGACAUUAUCUAUUGCUAUUUUGUUUAUAAAUUCACAAUAUAAUAUACAUUAUAUUGUAACUGCAUGUGUCCUAAUAUAAGCAAAUAUUAUUGUUUUGCACUUUUUGACUUUACCAAAUAAAACUGUCUAUAGGUACAAGGUGACAACUGUACAACUAUAACUUUUUUUUUAAUGAAAAGCAAAUGAAAUUUGGUACCUUGGUUUAACACAUAAAUAUGCAUUAUUUGACGUAUUCAAUAAUUGUUUUUUGUCACUUCCGGCAUAUUCGGAAAUGAUCCAUAUUUUUUUUAUUUUAGAUGGGACACCUUGUAAAUUUUUGUUCAUUUUCAUGGAAAAUGCCACAUUUGUUACUUUUUGACACAACCUCAAAAUUAUUUAACUUUUCAAUCUAGAUGAGUGCCAUGAAUAAGUUGAAACAGUUAAUUCAGUAUCAAGUAGCAAGAAAACAAAGUGUUAAUCGUCUUUGGCUUUUUAAGUACAGGCUCACUAAAAAUUUGCAUAAUCGUAUUUUUGAUAUUUACUCAAUUUUCUCAAAUCAAACGCAGAUGGGGUAUUAACAUUCGGAAAGCGAAUUUUAUCACCAACAAUUUGUGAAUCCAUAAUUCAUUCAUAUUUUAUUUGAAUAAUAUACAAAUUAGAAACCUAAAUAAUUUUGACGUUAUGUGUCAAAAAGUAAGAAAGUGGGUGCCACGGUAUAUGUCUGUCCCUUUGAAAUAAGGAAAAUAUGACCAUUUUCGAUUAAACCGGAAGUGAGUGUUCAGUUGUCACCCUGUGGGUAUAA